ACACGUCCUUACGUGCGAACUUCACCUUGGUCAAUUACGACCUCCAUUCAUCCUUCGUCCCAUCAAAAUACAGAUUUUAUCAUCAUUUUCAACGAUUAUUACCGAAAAACAUACUUAAAACCCUUUCAGUAGGCCUACAAGUGUAUUGUUUUAGUAUCUAAGUGUAAAACUGUGGUAUAAAUAUUGAAAAUGGCGUUGAAAUCGUCGCCGGUUGUGUUCGGUUUGCUGGCUCGGCUGUCUCGCCGUAGUUUUUCGACUUCCAAGGCUUUAGCGGCGAAGCCUGUGACUGUCCGUGAUGCCCUGAACCAGGCAAUCGACGAAGAGAUGGAAAAGGACGAGAGGGUGUUUGUUUUGGGCGAAGAAGUGGCUCAAUACGACGGGGCUUACAAAGUCACAAGGGGUCUAUGGAAGAAGUAUGGUGACAAGAGAGUGAUUGACACUCCUAUCACAGAGGCUGGCUUUGCAGGCAUUGCCGUGGGCGCUGCAUUCGCCGGCCUCAGGCCCAUCUGCGAGUUCAUGACUUUCAACUUUUCUAUGCAGGCCAUAGAUCAUGUGAUAAACUCAGCGGCCAAGACGUACUACAUGUCGGCGGGACAAGUUCCUGUCCCGAUUGUGUUCCGCGGGCCCAACGGCGCCGCCGCCGGCGUGGCCGCGCAGCACUCGCAGUGCUUCGGCGCCUGGUACAGCCACUGUCCCGGGCUUAAAGUGCUCAUGCCCUACUCCUCGGAAGACGCUAAAGGUCUAAUGAAAGCAGCCAUCAGGGAAAACGACCCCGUGGUGGUGUUAGAAGAUGAGAUUCUGUACGGCAUUCCAUUCCCCAUGUCUGACGAGGCUCUGUCGUCCGACUUCGUGCUGCCCAUCGGCAAAGCGAAGAUCGAGCGGGAAGGCAAGCAUAUUACAGUCGUGUGCGCCGGACGCGCCACCGACACCGCGCUACAAGCCGCAAACGAACUCGCGGGGAAAGGCAUCGAAUGCGAGGUGAUCAACCUGCGGUCGCUGCGGCCGCUGGACUUCGACACCAUCGCGCGUUCCAUCGCCAAGACGCACCACCUCGUCACCGUCGAGCAGGGCUGGCCGCAGUCUGGCAUCGGCGCGGAGAUCUGUGCGCGCGUGAUGGAGUCGUCUGCCUUCUUCGAGCUCGACGCGCCCGUGUGGCGCGUGACUGGAGCCGACGUGCCCAUGCCCUACGCGCGCUCGCUCGAAGCGCUCGCUCUACCGCGGCCUGCCGACGUCACCGCCGCCGCCGCCGCCGUGCUCAGCAACAAAAUAAGCGAAGCAGCCAGUCAGUAGUGAAGGAGAAUCUCUAGCCAAUACAAGCGCAAAGUUAUCAUGUGCACACUAUACAUAGAACAGUAGGCCCGCUUCCAUCAUAAAGUGCGUGACAACUUAGGCUGGGUUGCAUCAUCUUAAUUUUAACAAGCGUCAAAAUCUGUCAAACUACAUACAUAAACCACCGGUUACUUAUCAUUAAAGUUGCGGUUAAAGUUAAGUGGUCCAACUCAACCUUUUAGAAGUGCUGGUGAAACCUAGCUUGUACGUCGCAGCUGUCGCGUAUUUUAUGUAAUCUAGCACAUCGAACAAAAUAUACCUGUAUCAUCUCAGGUUUCCUACACACAACACUGCCUCAAAAGUAAAUAAUAUUCUGCCUACUUCUGUAUAAAAAUAUUCUAAAAAUCAUCAUUCACUAAAGUAACCACGAAACCGUCCUCCCUUCUACUUUUUUCCGCUUGAAUGUGUGUAAAUACGUCAUGACUGUGUUUACGAGCACAUGCAAUUAUCAUUUUGAUUUUAGAAUGAAAGAAUCUACUAGAGGGGUUAACGAAUCAUGGUUACUCAAACGAGCGGGCCUUCAACGUUUUUCUAUGUUGUGUAAACUUAAGACAUUGUAAAUAUUUCCAUUUACCGCGUGUCUGAACCGUGGGGGGCAAGAGACAUGGUAAUAUCUUGGUUUGGUAAAAUUCCACUCAAAAGCCGACUUAAGAGUUAUAAUAUCAAAGUUCAGAUUUGCUUGUAAAUAAUAAAUCAACUUGAAACACACCUCGUCUGCUUCUUUGAAAAAUCAGAUUUUGAUUUUUUUUUUACUUAUUUAGAUAGUUAAGUUCUUGAGGAGAAUAAAUAGCAAAAGAAUUACUAUAACAUGCCAUGUUAUUAAGUUUUUAUUCUGUUUUAUAAUAUUUGAUUAUUUAUUUUUAUACCAUUUGAGUGGACUUUUAUAAAGGCAUUAUCAUAUCGCUUGUGCGCGGUGCUUAAAUGUGAUGUUAUAUUUGAAGCAAUCGUACAUUAUCUGUGCGCUGUUAGAUUAUUAU